AUGCUCCACGAAUUGAACAAAGCAGGGAAGAGAAUAGGGCUGGAAAUAAACAGAAGGAAGACACAGUUCAUGAAGAACGCCUACUGCGAAGACAGAGGAGUACAACUUGAAGGCUCCCAAAUCGUGGAAACUUCGUCAUAUGCAUACCUCGGACGUUCUAUGAACAUGGACAACGACUUGGAGGAAGAACUGAAUAGAAGAAUGAGAGCAGCAUGGGCAGCAUUUGCAGCCAUCAUGGAAGCUACGGACCAACUGACGGACCAAGAUCUUAGAAGCUACUUACUACCCUUGAGAGAUGUCUUCUGA